AUGACCAACACGGGAAAGAAACGGUGGCAGAAAAAGGAAUCUUCUGAUACUACCGAGAAUUUCCGCGAGACCCGAAAAAAGAGAGUCAAGCACGCGCCCGCCGGUGUGACAACGGACAAAUCCGCUUCUGUGGCAAACAGGAGUUGUGUAAACAAGGGCAAUAAAGUUCUCGCAUAUACGAAUGCUCUCCCACAUGGCAAGACAAAGGCUCCGGUUUGUGCAGAGAAGCGGGAGGCCACUUCAGGCGCCACAGAGGAUACAAGCGAAUCCACACGGACUCGAGAUGGAAGCCAAAUCGGGGGCCAGUUCUCUGUCUGUAGCCGAGAAGCUGAUGCUGGGAAGCUCCAGACUGACAACGAAGUCAUCCCCCGAAGCGCGUCUCUCGUAUACAACUCGGGCAGGUCCUGGGGCCGAGAGAGUACGUUAAUUCGGAGCGUUUCUGAGAGUACCCAUUCUAGGGCACCUGCGGCGAAAAGCACUGCUGAUGCUGCCGCGAGCACAAAUACUUCCGCAGCGACCUGUGCGUCGGAUAAAAGUAGUGACCACGCUUUUUCCUGCAGAAGAGGCCGAGGCCCACAAGCUGAGAAGCCGCAGGCCGCCGCUGGUGCCUUGGUCAGGAAAAGGAGCUUCGAGGAACAGAACAGCACCAGAGGCAGGCGGCGCUCGAAGUCCUUCGCGGGAGCUUCCGAGCGGAAUCCUGAGCAGUACAGCAGCGAAAUUGCCAAGGCUUCGUUCCCGGAAAUUGGUGCACCGGGGGAAUCGAUUGCCUACAGCGAUGGAAAAGCUUUGUAUCGGGCACGCUCUCUCUGCACUGCAACUCUCACCCGCCACGGCCACAGCCAACUGGGCCGGCGACUCGAAAAGCAGCAGACGCACGAGAGAGCAUUUCGCCGUCCUAACGUUCGUUCCAUCGGCCGCGAAGACGCAUCCGACGCCUCGCUAUUUCUUUAUGUUGAUCAUGACCUGGCGCACAAGUCUAUUCGCAGCUCGGCACAAGGCGUGAUAGGGGCCAUUGCCACGGCCCUCGAAGCUAUUCAGCGGCGCUUGCCUCCGGAUUCCAAAGAAGACGGCCUCCACGAGAGAGCCAGACUCUCGGCAGAUGAACUUCCUGCAGCACCACGGGUUACCAGUCUACCAAGUGAGAUGCAGAAGAGCGAGGCUCGAGACGGAAAUUCGGCGGCUCACGCGAAACGAAGUGGUGAUGAAGGGAAACGGCAAGGAGGCCGCGAGCGACCGGAGGACGACGUGCGAGGCCGGGGCCUACCCGGGUCGCAUCCGCCACGUCAGGCCGCUGCGGGAAUAAUCCAGGCAUGCAACCUGCCAAAGGACCAAGUGGAUGACGAGACACUUCUUUCCGGUUCGUCCGUGGCAGCAGAAGCGACGAUGGAAACAGUGUACAACCUGCUCGCUAGCGUAGACGCCCAUCAUCUAAGGGCCACAGGCGAGGCCGCACAGUCCAGUCUACUGCGUGACCCCCCGUGCGAUAUCGGAUGGAAAAUCGAGUUGGGCAAAGACGACACGGUGGACGCAGUGAACCAGACGAUUUCUAUUAAGCAGAAAGAGGGCGAGGACUGCCGUGCGAAUGUCCUCAUCAUCCCUGAAAGAGCGUCGGUCACUGGCAGUUGCGCUCCCCUUUGCGCUUCAGCUACACCGUGCUCCCCUGCCUCAGAUGCAUUUGAUUCGUGGGAUGGAACCUACCCGUCUGAAAGCCCAAAAGGCCGAACAGCGACGGAACCUGCUCGGCCACAGGAGCCGAUGUGUUCGAAAGGGGAUUCGUUUCCUGACCCGGAACUUCUGCGACAGUACACUCGGCAGUUUCCAACUCUAGGGGAUCUCCUAACAGAGUCCGACAGGUCAAAACACGCUAGCAUUUUCAGAGAUAUUCUCGUCAGCCACGGCAAAUGCUGCGCCGAUAUCCAGGCAGCGGCUCGGCUACGCAACUCAGUAAACGCUGAGAGCCCUACAGAUCCAUUCUGCUUAGAUGACGCCCUUCAGUCGCGGUAUUUCAAGGUUGAGAAGAGCAGACCAGAAGUGUACCAGAUUGUGUCCAGCGCCUUCAAGAACCUUGGCGGAUGGAAACCUCUGCCUGACGGGCCUCACUGGGAAUACGCCUGGAACAUCUUAUGGACGUGGCGUCGGCCACGGAUAGACUACAACAGGCUGUUGUCGUUCCAGAAGGUGAACCACUUUCCCGACGGCCGACAACUGACGAGGAAAGACAACCUCAAAAAGUGCAUUGAACGGUUCCAAAAAGCCGCUGGGCGGCGGGCGGAUUUCUUCCGUAUCAUUCCGAAAACCUUUCUGCUGCCGAAAGAGUACACAUCCAUGGUCUCGGAGAUGUGCGAAAUGCCAAACCAGCAGACCAAACAGAAACGUGUAUGGAUUUGCAAACCCAAAGACAGCUCGCAAGGCCGCGGCAUUUUCUUGACAAAUUCCGUUGAGGACAUUCGAUACACCGAUAGCCUUGUUGUGCAGGAAUACAUCGCCAAUCCAUUGCUGCUCAACGGACGAAAGUUCGAUCUGCGUCUUUAUGUGCUGGUGACGUCCUUCAAUCCUCUGGAAGCUUUCAUAUACAAGCAGGGUUUCGCGAGAAUCGCGCGCGUUCCAUUUUCCCUGGAACCCGAGCAUCUCUGCAAUAGGUUCAUGCAUCUGACGAAUGCAGCGGUUCAAAGCGAGUGGCGGGACGCGAGCAGUGAUGAGUCUGACAGCGACUUGGCGUCUCCCCGGUGCCGCAAAUCGUCGCCCGCUUCACCCCGCUCGCCCCUCUGCCGCCGACGCGCGAAGCCCCGAAAGCCAAGCGCAGGGGCAGGCCCUUCACCCGGCCGUCCGGGGUCGUUGAGCCACAACCUGUUUUCGUCAUCCGCCUUUUUUGAGCUGGGAAGCCGCGACACGGAUGCGCAUGCGGUGGGAAGACCUACGGAGGACCUGCACGCCGCGAACGACGCAGCGAGACGACAAGCGUGUGUCGCGCACGAAGCGGAGAUCGAGAGCUGCAGCGGCGGGAGUAAAAUCCUUCUUGACGAGCUGAGGCAGAGACUCGAUCAGAGGGGCAUUGACUGGGGAGCGCUUUGGCAGAAGAUCGUGCUUGUCAUUCUGAAGAGCCUCUGGUGCUGCGGUGACUCGAUUCCCCACCAUCCGAACGCCUUCGAGCUGUUCGGCUACGACAUCCUCGUCGACGAGGACCUCAAGCCGUGGCUCAUUGAAGUCAACUCGUCACCGUCCAUGGGUCAGGAGCAAGAGGCGGACAGAAGGAUCAAGCCGCGCCUGAUAGAAGACACACUUCGCCUAGUCAAUCCUCUCUCGUACGACCGCCUCAAACUCACUGAGGUGAGCUACGCGCAUAACAUCGCCACCCGUCCCUCGCGCAGACGGCUCAUUCAAGACAACCGCGCGGCGCUGCCUGCGGGCGCUUCCACGCCGCAUGAGCGUGAAGUCAAGUCGACUGCCGCGCGCUUGCUCUCCUGA